AUGCUUGCACUAACGGGAUGCUGUUUCUGGGCUGCUGCUGCCCCCCUGCUGCUCUUUGGAGCCCACGCUUUCCCGAUCGGAGAUUCCUCCGGGGAAGAGGAAUUUGGCGAGGAUCCCUCCUCCAGGGCAGCCGGACGCGUCCAGCCGAACGCUUGGACAGAGUUAGCUCUGUGGCUCCAGGGCACCGCGGCAAGGUGGAAUCGAGAGCUGUGCAAGGAGCAAAAUGCAUGUAAAGGCACAAUGGAAAUUAUGGUACAAAAUAAUCUCAACCUUCCAAAGAUAAUUAAAGAAGAUGGAUGCUACCAGCCUGGAUUCCAAAAGGAAACUUGUCUAAGACGACUUUCAGGUGGCCUCUAUGCAUUUCAAACAUUCUUGGAAUAUAUAGAAGAAACUACACAAAGACAUGUAUCUGUAUCAUCAGGUGCACAGCAUCUGGCAGACACCUUGAAGUCAAUGAUGAACAAUCCUGAGACUGUGAGCAUGCCAUCUCCUGACACUCAGAAAACCCUUUCUGCAAAGCUAAGAGAACAGAGAGGUUGGAAUAUGAUAGUGGUCAAGCACUUCAUUCUUCAAGAUUUUACUUUGUUUAUGGAGACCACGUCAAGGGUUAUUCGCUUCCUAUGACAAGCCAAUUGUAAUGUCUGAAUGUUUUAAAUCAGGCACAUCAAAUAUCCACACAUCUGAAACAGAUGUCAUGGUUGUUCUCCUGCGAGAACUCAUUUUUUAGACAUGUACUUUAACUUAUUUAUGGUAUUUAAUAUAUUUAUUAAACAUUUUAAUAAACAAUUUUUA